AUGGAUGAUCACAGCCAGACACUGCUCGACCGCGCAUCGGCGCUCGUCGACGCCGCCAAGCGUGCCGGUGCCGAUGCGGCCGACGCCGUUUCGGUGCGUUCGCGGUCGCGGGCCGUGACCGUGCGCAACGGCAAGGUCGAGGGCACCGAUUCGUCCGAGAGCGACGACCUUUCAUUGCGUGUCUUCGUCGGCCGGCGGGUGGCAAGCGUCUCGGCGGCGGCGACGGCCGACGCCAACCAGCUUGCCGAGCGCGCGGUGGCGAUGGCGAAAGUGUCGCCCGACGACCCCUAUAACGGUCUGGCCGAUCCGGACCGUCUGGCGCGGCAGAUGCCCGACCUCGACCUGUUCGACGCAACCGAAAUAUCGCCCGAGCGCCUGACCGACGAUGCGGUGGAGACCGAAGCGGCGGCGCUUGCGGUCAAGGGCGUGACCAAUUCGUCCGGCGGUUCUGCCUCGGCGGGUGAGGCCGGCUUCGUCCUGGUCACGUCCGACGGGUUUUCGGGCGCCUAUCGCGGCUCGCGGUUCGGCCGGUCAGUGUCGGUGAUCGCCGGCGAAGGCACGGCGAUGGAGCGCGAUUACGAGUUCUCGAGCCGCACGCACUUUUCCGAUCUCGAUCCGGCUGCGGAAAUCGGCCGCAAGGCCGGCGAGCGCGCCGUCCGCCGGCUCAAUCCGCGCAAGAUGCCGACCGGCAAAGUCACCGCGAUCUUCGACCCGCGCGUCGCGCGGUCGAUCCUCGGACACCUGUCGGGCGCCAUCAACGGCGCGUCGGUGGCCCGCAAAUCGACGUUUUUGCGCGACAAGAUGGGCGAAGCGAUCGCCAAUCCCGCCAUCACGGUGGUCGACGACCCGCACCGGCCGCGCGGCGCCGGUUCGCGCCUGUUCGACGGUGAGGGCGUUGCCGCCAGCCCGCUGACCAUGGUCGAGAACGGCGUGCUCAAGCACUGGUUCCUGUCGACCGCCAUCGGCCGCGAACUCGGACUUGAGACAAACGGCCGCGGCGUGCGCGGCGGCACCACCGUCAAUGCGGGCUCGACCAACCUCUCCAUCGAGCCGGGUACCGUUUCGCCCGAGCAGAUGAUCCGUGAUGCCGGCACGGGCUUUUACGUCACCGAGGUGUUCGGCCAGGGCGUCAAUCUGAUCACCGGCGAAUACAGCCGCGGCGCGUCCGGCUUCUGGAUCGAGAACGGUGAGCCGACCUUCGCCGUCUCCGAGGUGACGAUCGCCGGCAAUCUCGCCGACAUGUUCCUGACCAUGGUGCCGGCGAACGAUCUCGACCGCGCCUUUUCGACCGCCGCGCCGACUUUGGCUGUUCCCUCCAUGACACUGGCCGGGACCUGA